AUGGUUCCGCUAUCCAAGGCCCCCAGCCAAUCACGCCCGAGAUGGCCAAAGUCUCUUGCGUACUCUCCCAUUACUAUUCCAAUCUCCCCUGCUCGCCUCCGACUCCUGCUCACCCUCACCGUACCUGCUUCCCCCACCCCCCUGAUCCGCUCCCUGAUAUCGGCUGGUUGGCGACCCUUGCCAUCCCCGACUUCUCGCUCGCUGUCAUCCUCUGAAAACCGCGUACUGUCAGCACCGACCCGAGGGGCAAUUGGGUUCCGCCAAGCACCUGACCCUCGUGUGGGCGCCAGCCGAUCUCUUUCCCUUGUCAACCACCUGCCAUCGACCGUUUGCCAGCAAUUUGUCCUAGAUCACCUUGAAUGA